CGCGACUGGGGCCUAUAAAUGUGGCUGUCCAGUCUGACAGAUCGCAAGUUCAAUGGCAAUCCAUGUGGGACAUCAGCUGCUCUUUGCAGCGCUCAUCCUGCUGCUGCAGCUGUGCAUUAGCCCGACCGAGGCCCGGCCAAAGGAGCCUGAGAAUGAUGGCGAUGGCAUGAACAAAGCUCAGGGCGAUGGCGAUGACGACGAUGAUUCCUCUUCGGAGGAAACCGUUGAGGAUUCGGAUGAUGGCCGCGGACUACGACGACGGCGUCGCGAUGCCAGCCAGAUGGCUGAACGUGGCAUCCCGGGCCUGCCCGAUCCCGCAACAAUCAUCAAGUUAGCGCAACUCUUUCAAUCGGUGGGCGAGCAGAUUGUGCCCAUUCUGCUAGAAGCCAUCCUGCCCGCCAGCGAUCCGUCUGGGGAACGCAGGGCCAGGGACUUGCAGCUACUGAAGAACUUUAAGCGCACUCUGGAGGUAUAUUCCGAUGAGUUGCAGCAGCACGCUAUGUAAUUCGAUUCAACCUAAAACCAUAGUUGAGCGGCAAUAAAUUUGUCCACUGUUUAAUUUCAAAAUAAGAAAA